GCGGCCGUGAAAUGGCGGCCGGGGCCUGGCCCUGCCUGCGGCUGUGCGGCCGGGGGAUGCCCCGCUUGCCACCGCAGGCUGCAGGACCCCAGCCGGUUUGGCCCAGCUCCAUGGGUUCUCUGAGAGCCGCCGGUGUCUCCGCAAGGAACAGUGUGCGUUCUAACAAUUUACAGCGAUGCAAAUGAAUUCGUUUUGAGACGCUUCUCAAAGUUUUCGUCAUAGUAAAAGAUUAAAUAAUCCGAAAAUUUCUCCUGUGCACUGCAACAGCACUUGCUAAAUUUUAUUCAAAAUUGAAAGAACUGCUUCUGUUUUAUAAGAUAGUUAAGUAUUUGGCAUAAACAACAAAAGUGUAACUCCAAGGUGAAAGUACUUUCCAGUUGUUAAUUCUGUAGAUGUUAACAUAACUUGUGUGUAGUAAGUUGUGGAUGCAAUACAAAUAUAGAAAACUGUUUGUACGUACAACCUGUAUUACUUAGGGCACCACAUGGAGGCUCUAUAUGACUAUUUGUCAGCUGCUGUUGGAAUCAAGUCAUAAAGUUGUUUCUGCCAGCUAUCCUUGUGGCAGUAUUCAGAAAUGCUUUGUUGGUGUCUAUAUAUGUGUCAGCGCCAUAAGGUGGGAAGGAAGUAUCAUAAAUUGCCCUAAUAUGUCUCAGAAGUUACUUUAUGAAUGAUGGUCUGACUGCCUUUUCUUGACAGAUGUACCCCAAUGGCACACAGCACCAAGUUCCCAUGUACAGCUUGAAUAAUCAGCUCCAUACCUGGCUUCUCUUCAGAACUCAGAGCUUUGGCAAUACUUCCAAUCUGACACUUUGUCAGAGGCACUGAGAAUGCCUCUCAGAAACUUCUGAGAGUUUUUCAGUGUUUUUUUCCACAUAAACGGGGUCAUAGGGCACUGCUGUUAUGUCUUGGGUACGAGUUGCAGUCAGCCAAUCCAAUGAAGAUAUAUUUGAUGAAGAUGCAGAUGAGAUGUAUCUACUACAGAAGGAAUGGAACAGCACUAUGAAAAAGAGAUUGAAGAGGUCUACUGUGUCAUGUUGUGAACAACCUGUUUUGCUGCUCUUGUUACAGGAAGGCUAUAGGGAUGGAAUUGAGGCUGGGAAAGAGCUUGCUCUCCAGACAGGCUUUAAUCAAGGUUACAGACACGGUGCCGAGCUGAUGAUUACAUGUGGCCAGUUCAAAGGAACCCUGAAUGCUCUCUUAUCCUGGUGUCGUUUUAAUGGACAUGAUUCUGCUUUAAGUACAAUAAAUAAUCUUCUUGAUGUGGUUGGAAAGCACGAAGAUGAUGUGCUUAAGUAUCUGAAUUCUACUGAAGAACAGCCACAUCUUGGACACAUUUUAGACUCAGUUCAGGACAUGGACCUUAAUCACACAGCUGGGACAGAGUACAAGGACGUUAAAGAUGGAAAACAUGAAGACUCUGGCAGCUCUGGUGAAAACAUUUGUAGGAAUAAUGGUGAGGUUGGUUCCUUGCAGUCUGAGUGCAGCAAGGAAAACCUCUGCACAGAUCCUGAAAACUCAACCCUUGCUUGGGUUAAAAAGCAGACUGUGUGGUUAGUAGAGCAACUGGGCUUAUCACUGGAUGUACUCCAUCAUGUCCAGCAACUGGAACAUUAGUUUUUCUGUCUCAUGGUACUUAAAACUAUCACAGGUGGUUUUGAUUCUUAGUUUGUGGGCCAUGUACAGGCUGAUGCAUUGCUUUUGUUUUAGGAAAAUCUGAUUUUGACACUUUACAGUAGAAGUUAUUUUUGUAAAUCUUCACCAUACUUUCAGCAAAUCCCUUCACUUUCAAUGUUGAAGGUAACAUUCACAGAAAGGGGUAGUGACUUUAAAGCUUUACAAAGUUAGCAAACAUGUUUCUGUUUUGUAUCAGGAGCUCCCAUUUCACCCUCAUUUUUUUUCUUGACAGCAGUUUGGAAAUAAAGGAGGUCCAUUAAAUAGCCCCUCUAAAUUGGUCCCCUCCAAUAUCAAAAGAAUAAAUGCUCAGUGCUAUGGAAAUGGUCAGUGGUUUUGCAGAAUAAGCUGCUGUUGAUGGUACACUGUGUGCAGAAUGAUACACUGCUGUGACCUUUUGUCAGAAUUCUUUGUGUUAUCUUUUGUACCCAUGAUGCAAUGCACUUUCAUUGUUAAAAACUAUUUUCCGUCCUUAGGUAGUUAUAUUUGUCAUGUUUGCUGAAAACGCACUAUUUUCCUCAGAUGCAGGAUUGCUGACAAUUCCAUUGUUUUACUUUUAGACAUCUAUUCUUACCAUGUCAGAUCACACGAAACAUGCUUCCAGUCUAAUGAACAUCCUUAUGUUAUUUUUGUAUUUAUUUUGUCAGUCCCUCUAGCCUGAACUCUUUCCCAUAUUCCAGUAAUGCUUUUCUCAUGCUCCUCAAGGAAGCCAAGCUUAUUCACUACCUCUUAGAAACACAUCAGCCACACAUGCCUAUUUCUGAUUAUUUCAUAUUUCUGUAACUAUUCUAUAUUUGACUUGGUUUCCUUUGCUUCCCUUAACUGUAGCUGUAAAGUGCUCUGUUCAGAAAGCUUUUUCUUUGUGAAUGCCUCUGUUUUACAUUAAUUAAACUGAUUUAUAGUAAGUUACCAGUUUACUCGUCAGAAGUUUCUUUUAACUCCUUCAUAUUGGAGACAAAGGAAGUCUAGACAUAGGCAAAGUAAGAUUUUGAACAGUCAACUACAAUUAAAAUAAAAACACAAAACCAUUUCAUACUUUGAGGCAAGAAAAAAUCUAAGGCAAAAAUUCUUUGUUUUUCAGAGGCUAAGUUUACAACAUUCUUACUAAAGACUGUUUAUCCUGUCAGAAUUGACAGAGUGUAAGUUCAGUCUCCUUUCAGUGCCACUUCUGCUUUAGGGGUAAGCAGACCUGCAGUUCAGAGUCUUGCAUUGAAUGCAUUUAUGAAAUAGUGAACAGAGAGGGAUGUCUGCAUUAAUUGUGUAUAUACAAAAAUCAUUCAAGUAACUUUUUCUCAAUUUAUUUAGCAUAAUGUUGACAUGGAUAAACAUCACUUUUCUUCAAAUGCCUGUGUUGUGUUACAGACUGUAUCAUGUGUAUUAGACACAGAUUUCUUCCAUAGUCUGAUAGUAUAUAUGGUGCAGACUUGGAAGUUAUGUAACUUACCUAACUAAUUUUUAAAUAGUUGUUUUAACCAAUUGUAAGCAGUGCCCUCUUUUAGCCAACACCAGUUGAGUUUCUUCACAGACCUACUAUGAUCAUUAAAUCACUGAAACCUUAAGAUUGUUACGCUUGGUUUUAACAAUCUGCAAUAAACAAAACCAAAGGAAUUAGAAGAUUUGGCAUCUGGGAUCUUAAAUUUAUCGCCAUUCAAGGACAUUAGAGUAACCAGAAGAUAUAGAGGAGAUUAAGGCCUGGAAAGUUGGAGACUGUCUGAGAAAAAGAUAAAAGGAUGAGGACCAGAUUAGCAUGAAGAGAAAGAAAUCAAUAACUAACAGGGUAUAGAAUACUAAUUAAACCAAUGAACAUUAAUGUCUUUGUUUGCUAAAAGUGCAUAAAUAAGUGAAAUAGUUUUGUAUCAGGGUCAGCAUUGAGGCUGGAACUUUGUCAGCCACACACAUCUCUUGACCAAGAAUAAAGUAAUGCCUUCCCUUCUAACAAUAAAAAAGACAGUGUUAGAGGGAAUCUUAUUUACCAAGACAAUUUUUGAGGUUUUCAGUAACAAGACAAAAUAAUAGAACAGUUUUAGACUUUACAGAUUUGGAUGUUUAAAAAUGCAGAUUCAAGGGAACUACUUUCCCAUAUGUAAACGUUUGCAAGGAGGAGAUACAAUUCACAAAUUACUAAGUAGACUUUUUUGUUGUUGUUUGCAAAGCCAUCAGGUUUUUGUCUAUCAUAUCACUUCUAUACUAGCUAUGGAAUUACUUUCCUCCACGAAGUUUCAGUGCAUAGUGAGAGGUUACUUUUUUUCCAUGUUAUCACCCAGAGUUUCCAGUUUGACUGUAGAGAAAUUUUCUUCUGUGCUGUCUGUAUUAUUUGGCUUAUCUGUCGCUGUCCAGUCUUGCUGACCAGCCCCAGAAAGGCUUUCUUUGAGACUGUUAGAAUCUGUAGUUUGCUCCGAUUGUGGUUUAGGUUGUUGUUCCAUGUCCAUGUCUUGUGUUUCACUGUCAGCUUUCACCUUGGCAGCAUUCCUGAAAAGAGCUCUCAUGACAACUGGGACUGACAUGCAACUGAAGAAGGAAAUAACACAUUAGUCACUCCUACAGACUUCAUUCAUUCCUUAAAGUACUUCUGUUUUUUACACUUCGGCUGACACAUGAAUGAAAACCACCAUUACUUCCUUUCUGUUUUUGUCUUGUACAACCUGGUGUUACAUUGUAACUAUAAUAUAAACUAAAUGUGCUGUACUAGAAAUACAUGUUAACACACUGAAAUCUAGUGCUGAAUCUUUAAGUUGGAUGUGCAAGGCAGCUUUGACUGAAAGAGUGGAAGGGUCUGGUCAAAAAAAAAAAAAAAA